AUGAGUAUGUAUAACCUGCAUUGUUCGGUAAAACCUUGUCAAAACGAAUCCCUCCAACAUAAAUUUAAUCAACGAUUCCGAGAUGCUCAUUUAAAGGCAUUAGCAAACAUUAAACCAACAUUGGAUACAACUGCACCUAAGACAUUUCAAAUAAUUCAUUUAAAUUCUAAAAAAGACAGAAAUGAAAAAGAAAAUUUGUAUAGAAUAACCGAGGAAAAUAAUCGUCUAUUGAAACGGAUUCAUGAAAUUCGAAAACAUGACAUCAUCCUGGAUAAAGAAAAACAGCACAUUAAAAAAAGUUUAAAUGAACAACAACGAUUGAAAGAAGUGAAACGUGUCACUCAAGAAAAUAAAGAAAUUGUUAAAAGAUUGAAGAAUUUAAAAAAUCCAUAUAAUCAAGCUAAUUGGGAACAUGAUUGGAUGAAUGCCAUCGCAUACAUGAAUAAUAUUUCAAAAUAUACUGUAAUAAAUACAUUCAUUCAAUCAACAAUGGCCAAUUCAAAUGAACAACAAUCAAAUGAAUACAGGGAAUUGAUAGAAUCAAUAGUGGAUUCAGUUAUACAAUUAUCACUUAAUUAUAUACAAAAUUUAAACACUAAUCCAUCAAACGUGGACGGGAUGAAUCAUAGCAAUUAUGAUGAAAAUAAUCAACAACACUGUACUGAAAUUAAUCAAGGGAAAUUAAAUGAAUCUCCAAUGGUAAUACGUAAUUUAAUCUCAUCAAUAAUACAAUCAUCAUUAUAUCAUGUAUACGAAAAAGAUCUACUUCAUAAAUUAGGUAUGAAAUUUGGGGAUUCUGGAAUUUCUUAUGAAAUCGAACCAGCUGAUUAUAAUUACUAUGAUUUGGAAAAAUUGUGUCCAAAUGAAAGUUCAGAUGAUAUUAUUGAUGAAGUUAUCUUAUCGGAUAACACUUUACCAGCUCUUAAUAUUCAAUGGCCUACUAUUGAAGAAUUUACUCCGAUAUUAGGACUCGAAAAAAUAGAACAAUAUAUAAAGGGUUGGGAAAUCAAUGAAAAUUGGCUUUAUUGUGUUGACAUUUUGCCAACAGAAGAAUUAAAGAAUGAAACACUCCAUAAAUAUCGAGUGAAGUGGAGUCUACCAUGUAGGCGUUCACCCAUACCAAAAUCUACAGUAUCCGUUUACUUCACGCUACGAAUAUCUCACAUUAAACCUAAGAAUACAAUGAUCCUUGUCUAUUAUCAAGUCGAAACAUUUCGUUCAAUACAUAUUCCAGGAAAGAGCAAGUUCUCCGAAAGAUGGUUAACAGAUGUCAUCGACAGCAAGAUAAGAUUAAUGUCUUAUGUCAAUUUUUAAAGAUUUUUUUUACCAUGAAAUAAAAUAAUACAUUAAAA